AUGUCGUGUCAAGCUAGUGUCAAACCCCUAAAAGCGAACAUUUCAGAAGAUGAUUUGGCAGCCUUGGCCGCGGAAACCUGUAUACCGAUAGCAAUUGUGGGAAUUGGGUUCCGGGGACCAGGGGACGCCAAAAAUGUCGACAAGCUGUGGGAAAUGAUUCUGACGGGUAGAGAGGCAUGGACCCCAAUUCCAGCUAGUAGGUGGAACAGCGCAGCAUUCUAUCACCCAGAUCACAAUCGACACGGAACGAUCAACGUGGAAGGUGGUCACUUUCUGGAAGAGGAUGUAUCUGUGUUUGACGCGCCGUUUUUUAACAUGACAAGUGACGAGGCAGCAGCUAUGGACCCCCAACAGAGAUUGCUCUUGGAAGUAGCAUAUGAAGGUCUUGAAAAUGCUGGAAUUCCUCUGACCAACAUCAUGGGUACAAAGACAUCGUGCUUUGUAGGAUCUUUCUCUGCAGACUAUACAGAUCUGCUACUUCGGGAUCCAGAGUGUGUACCCAUGUAUCAGUGCACAAAUGCCGGACAAUCACGUGCAAUGACGGCAAAUAGGCUGUCUUAUUUCUUUGAUUUGAAAGGGCCUAGUGUUACGGUAGACACAGCCUGCUCGGGAAGCCUUGUGGCACUCCAUUUGGCAUGCCAAAGCCUCCAGACAGGAGAUGCGUCAACGGCUAUUGCAGCGGGAGUGAAUUUGAUCUUGAGUCAUGAGUUUAUGUCAACCAUGAGCAUGAUGAAAUUUCUCUCAUCAGAUGGGAGAUGCCAUACCUUCGAUGAACAGGCUAAUGGGUACGCACGAGGCGAGGCAGCUGGCUGUCUCAUUCUUAAACCCCUGGCUAAGGCGUUACACGACCGCAACACGAUCCGAGCUGUGAUACGAGCAACGGGUUCCAAUCAGGACGGGCGCACAGCAGGAAUAACACUGCCUAAUGGGGCAGCCCAAGAAAGCUUGAUCCGGAGCGUCUAUACACGAGCUAAUCUGGAUCCCUCGGAGACAGAUUUUGUGGAGGCUCACGGGACAGGCACAUUGGCUGGAGACCCAAUCGAGACUGGGGCAAUCGCUCGUGUCUUCGGGACUGGACGUCCACCUGACACUCCUGUACGGAUUGGCUCGAUCAAAACCAAUGUCGGCCACUUGGAAGGCGCAAGUGGAGUAGCGGGUGUGAUCAAGGCAGUUCUGAUGUUGGAAAACCGAACAUUCUUGCCAAACAGGAAUUUUGAAAAGAUCAACCCGCGUAUUCCACUCGAUGAUUGGAACCUCAAGGUUCAAUUACGCCCUGAGCAAUGGGGAACCACAGGACUUCGUCGCGUUUCCGUGAAUAGCUUUGGGUAUGGUGGAAGCAAUGCCCAUGUCAUUGUCGAAGAAGCACAUGGCUGCAUAUCUAGCUGCGGGCUCAAGGGAGAUGACAGAAUUCCAACCACCACAGCCCAAAACUAUGAUGACACAGUUCCUAGCACGCCGCCUGAUUUAUCUCGCAUAUUCAUGGUUUCUGGUUUUGAUGAAAGAAGUUGUACGCAACAGAUGCAGGCUCUGAGCAAUCAUAUCCUCGAUAGGGAACAUGAGGUUGACCAUGAGAAGUUUCUGGAUGAUCUUGCAUUCACAGUCAACGAGCGACGCUCUGUCUUUCCAUGGAAGGCCGCCGUUGUCGGAGAUACGAUGUCAGGUUUGGCAGCCUCGCUCUCUCAGAACGUCAAAGCUAGGAGCGCUGUUCGGAAGCCAACCCUUGGGUUUGUCUUCACUGGGCAAGGCGCACAGUGGGCCGGGAUGGGAAAGGAGCUGUUUCAGGCCUAUCCUGUCUUCAAAAUGUCAAUUUUGAGUAUCGACAGAUAUCUGAAAGAUAUUAGAGCUCCCUUUACAGUAGAAGGCGUGAAAACAGAGGAGAUCACCAAGUCACCCCAGGACUCGGAUUUGAACCAUCCAAGUCUCAGCCAGACAGUGUGCACUGCAUUGCAGAUUGCACUCGUUGAUUUGCUGAAAUCAUGGGGUAUAUGGCCAGACUCCGUGACGGGUCAUUCCAGUGGAGAAAUUGCAGCUGCAUACGCUACUGGUGGACUCAAUAUGAACGAUGCAAUGUCAGUGGCAUACUACCGAGGGGCUGUGGCAAGCCAACUGCUGCAUGACCAGCCAAACAGAGGUGCUAUGCUGGCAGUUGGUAUGUCUGUCGAAGAUAUACAGCCCUACCUGGACACAUUUCAAUCCAGACAGCUGGUGGUAGCGUGUAUUAACAGUCCAUUGAGUGUGACAAUAUCAGGUGAUACCCUUGCCAUCGAUGCACUCGCACAAACAUUGAAAGAAAAACAAUUCUUCUGUCGGCUCCUUGAAGUAGGUGUUGCUUAUCACUCUCCUCAUAUAGAACAGGUUGCAGAACAGUAUUACAGCUUGAUAGAACACAUCCAGCCCCGAAGACCGGAUCAAAUAGCGGGAGACGACAGAGAAGGAGGUAGAUCGCUCUUUUCCUCAGUUACUGGAGCAACGGCUGCUUUGGAAGAGUUGAAUGCUCAGUACUGGGUGUCAAAUUUGGUUGGUCAAGUGAAAUUUGCCAAGUCCCUGAGGGCUUUGUGUUUUGAGACCAAUGCCCAGCGUGCUGGGUAUGCAGGGGUGUCCAGAAUGAGAAGGGCUGGGGCAGCCCAAAAGCCUUCGGUGGAUUGUCUCAUCGAGAUUGGUCCUCAUGCGGCACUUUCCGGGCCGAUCAAGCAAAUUCUCCAGGCCGACGCGAAACUUAAUGCUGCCGAUAUAGCAUAUAUCAGCAUUCUGAAACGCAAGGCCAAUGCAGUCACUGCAGCGCUCGGAGCCGUCGCUACACUAGCAUCACUCAACUAUCCAAUUAACUUUAGUGCAAUCAAUAGGCCUACAGGGACCAAGAAAAUUCGUACACCACAGCUACUGCUUAAUCUUCCAACAUAUGCCUGGAAUCACACUAGGUCAUAUUGGGCGGAGCCACGACUGAGUAAGAUAUAUCGGAAUCGAAGCUCGCCGCGGAUCGAUUUGCUUGGUGCACCAGACAACAUGGCAUGUCCAUUUGAGCCUCGAUGGAGAAAUUACCUUCGAACCUCAGAGCUCCCUUGGCUUCUUGAUCACAAGAUUCAGGGGAACAUUGUUUUUCCCGCCGCAGGGUAUCUGGCCAUGGCAAUCGAAGCAUCGGUACAGCUGAGCAAGGGCAAAGAAAGGAUUGCCAGAUACGUUCUGCGAGAUGUGGUAAUACAAUCAGCACUGGUGCUCAGUGAAACCUCUGCCGUCGAGGUUAUGGUAUCUCUUCAAAUGUCAACACAAGACCACGAAAAAUUGUACAAUUUCCAAAUAUACUCCAUCUCAGAGGAGAAUAGGUGGAGUGAGCAUUGUACUGGGUUGGUUGGGAUACAGAGAAGCAUUGGUGUUUCGGGUGAUGGGCUCGAGGAAAGUGAGGGUUAUGCGACGGUCCCGUUGGGGACAGAGGUUCAUGGAAUAUCGGUUAUUGAUGUCCAUGAUUUUUAUGAGAAACUUCAAAACUCCGGCCUGGAAUACGGACCAUGCUUCGCGAAUAUGACAAAAGCACGUGUCACUCAAGAUGGGACGUGCUUUGCAGAAGUCACCAUACCAGAUACAUUAUCCGUGAUGCCUGCGUCAUUUCAGCAUGAACUUUUCGUCCAUCCAUGCACUCUGGAUAGCAUGUUCCAAACAAUUUUUGCCGCUCUACCUCCAGGUAUGGGGAUUGAGGAAGGACCUGCCAUUCCUGUUUACAUCGAAGAGAUGAUUGUAUCCUCAAGUCUCAGCUGCUCGGGAGGAAAGCUAAUGAGCAUCUGUACUCAUGUGCGCCCAAUGCCCAAAAAGGGCGUGAUGGCAUGUAUAGCCGCGGUGAGUUGUAACGAGAUGAAAUUCGAAACCGAGCCAACUCUUUCACUUCGUGGCCUACGAUGUGCGCGGCUCGAGCGUCAUGAACCGGCAUCGCAGACAAAAGAAAGCCGCCUCAUUUACCAGAUUGACUGGAAGCCUGAUCCGAAGUUUCUUUCUGGCAAUAACGCGUCAUUUCUAUUCAACGACAAGGGUGCUGUUCAAGAACCCGCGCCUCAACCAGAAUACGAUGAGAGUGCAGCCGGCUUCAUUAGAGCUGCGCUGGAGGAAGUCAGUACAACAGAGGCAAUGGGGCUUGACUAUUCUCACCGCAGAUUCCGGUGUUAUCUCCAAGAUGUGCUCGAAAGACACGAUAAAACCUCAAUAUCGUUAUCUCACUGGGAAAAUGUCGAUUCCAUGCCGAUGGGAAGGCUCCUUCCUCUCAUUGGCCAGAAUCUGGUGGCUAUUAUUCGAAACCAAGUUGAAUUUUCCACAGUCAUCAAAGAUGAUCGCCUUUUGGAUGAGUUCUGGGAUAUAUUCUCAGCUGACGCCUCUUAUCGGGCAGCUGCAAAGUAUGUCAAUUUGAUUGGCCACACAAAGCCAGACAUAUCCAUCCUUGAAUUUGGGGUUGGGACAGGCCAGGUAGCGGAGGUAAUUUUGAACCAUCUUGUGACGCUCAAUGGGACACCGCAUUGCGGAAAAUAUACAUUUGCUCACGAAAGUGCUUCUAUUCUUGAGCAUACCUUGAAGCGGCUGGAGGCGUGGUCCAAAUUGGUUAGAUGCAAACCCCUGGAUCUUGGCAAGGAUUUCACCAAGCAAGGAUUUGAAAAGAAUUCAUUUGACAUCAUAAUCCUGCCGCAUGGAUUGUGUACUGCACGUUGUGAAAAAAGUGCGCUUGCCAAAAUCCAUGAUCUUUUGGGGCCACAUGGCUAUCUGAUUGCAAUCAAUGCCUUUGACCCAAAGAAGGAUGUCGUGAAAAAUCUUUUAUUUGGUGCAUUGCACUGCUUGUCAGCAGAAGAAUUCUGUCUGGGACAAGGUGGUUGGACAGCGAGUCAAUGGGACGAGAUCCUGAAAGAUGCGUAUUUCACAGAGGUUGAUGCCUAUGCGGAGCAAGACUCUGAGAAGAGCCACCAAUUCAUCGUGGGCAAAAAGCGAAAAACCAAAAGAUCGCCUAGAAUUGUUUCCAUCAUUUGUCAGGACAGAACAAAAGCUGUCAGAUAUCUAGUUAAUGAACUCGAGAAGACCUCGGGGGAUGUGAAUGUGACAGACCUCGAUAAUGUGGAGUGUAAGGACCAGAUUUGUUUGGUCUUGGAUACUUCAAAUUCUUCUUUGCUGGCCGCUCCCAAUGAAGUCACAUUCAGCAAGAUAAAAGAAUUGUUUACACAGAGUGGAGGAGUUCUCUGGAUAACAAGGGGAGGGACAAUUGAGGCCGUUAACCCUAACGCGGCCUUGGCUGUUGGAUUUGCAAGAACGGCGCGCGCCGAAUCGGGUGUCAACCCGAUUGUCACCCUUGAUCUGGAUAUUCAAAAUCCCCUCUCGGAAUCCCAAGCCGCGAAGAUGAUCGCAAAGGUGCUGGUUACGCGGUUUCUCCGUGAGAAUAUGGAUGAAGACACGGAAUAUGCAGAGAGAAAUGGACAAAUCCUGGUUCCACGGGUACUAGAGAAUGUGAAAGCGAACAAGGCCAUGAACAGUAUCAAUGAUAUUGAGGCUGUAUCCGAUCAAUUUUUCCAUCAGCUCCAGCAACCUCUCCGUCUUUCCAGGAAAUUUGAUAACCCCGGUUUUGUUGGUGAUUCCCAGAUGGGAGAACUCCCGGUCGGCUACGUCGGAAUCAAAGUACACUGUUUCAGCCUGAAUAAAUGGGAUAUUCAGCCAGAUCAUCUGGAUUGGGAAACAGACGAUACCAUUGGUCUGGAGUGCAGUGGCAUAGUAUACAAGAUCGGCACCGGGGUCCACGGCAUUACGGUAGGCGACCGGGUUGCGUGUCUCGGAACUGGGACUGCGAGAAGCUUUUAUCAUGAUCAAGCAUCAGUCUUCCAGAAGAUCGAUGACGGAAUGUCAUUACAAGUGGCUUCAUCUUUGCCACUAGCAUAUACAAUUGCUUACUAUGUUGUGAACUACCUGUCACUGACAGAGUCAAAUGAGGUCGUUGUCAUUCAUGAGGCCGGCAGUCAUUUCGGCCAAGCACUUCUUGAAGUGUACUUACUGAGGGACGCUCGGAUAUUUGCGAUAGUACAGAGCUCCGAAGAAAAGGACUUGCUGAGCUCGAGGUUCGGGAUAUCCGAGGAGCAUGUCUUCAUAAACGAAAAAGAUGAUAUAGUCAAGGGUGUGCUACGUUUGACGGACGGCAAAAAGGCAAACGUAGUAGUCACGUUCGAGACGACAGAGGACAAAGUUCUCCAGAAUUGCACCGCGCCAUUUGGUCGGUUUAUUCAACUUCGAACAAACAAUACCAAAACUAGACCAUUGUCAUGUCCUCAGAAUAUGUCCCUGUCUACUGUCAAUAUAUUCGAGCUUCAAAGGGAGAGGACCGACCUUACCAACCAGAUAUGGCCGAAAGUCUUUCGCUUGUUCCUCCAAGGACGACUCAAAGGGCCUAGUUUUACCGAUGUAUAUCAGGUUGGAUAUAUUCAAGAGGCAAUAACGGCAGUUCAAACCCGCCAACAUGUUGUGGUCCAUGUGGAAGACGGUGAUACUGCGAAGGCCAUGCUGCCUAAGGCUACCCAUCCGUUGUUCUGUGGAAAUGCGUCAUAUAUGCUGGUCGGUGGGCUUGGCGGAAUUGGGAGGGAAGUAGCUUCGUGGAUGGCGCAAAAUGGGACAAAGAGCCUAGUUUUCGUCAAUAGAAGUGGCCUUUCAACGCAUCAGUCUCAGACGACAGUCAGAAAUCUGGUGGAAAAAGGUAUCCAGGUAACUACAAGAUCUUGCGACAUAUCCGAUGAGACUGAAGUUCAACGAAUGUUUCAUGAGCUCUCUUAUUGCGUGCCCCCAAUACGGGGGCUGAUUCAGGCAGCCAUGGUCCUCAAGGACGUUCACGUUGAAAAUAUGAGGUUAGACGAGUAUCGAGAUGUCAUGGGCCCGAAGUAUCAUGGGACAUGGAAUUUGCACCGAUAUGUCCCCGCGGACCUUGACUUCUUCCUGAUGUUAUCAUCUAUCAGCGGCGUUAUUGGGAAUGCCACACAGGCUGCCUAUGCCACUGGCUGCACUUUCAUGGAUUCAUUCGCUGCCUAUCGAAGGGGUUUAGGUCUUCCGGCAGUGUCUUUGGAUCUUGGAACGAUUACAGAUGUUGGCCAUUUGGCCGAAAACAAGGAUUUAGCCGCAAAGAUGGAACGGCAAGGAUUUCAGGGCACUAAAACGCCAACUCUUUUAUCUCUGAUACAAUUUGCAAUCUCUCAGUCAAUGAGCGGAAGAGCACAACUUGUAACUGGCCUUGGCCAAUGGAAAGAGAAGGAAUCACUUGGGAAUUUUGAUGCGCCCUUGUUUGCCCACUUCCGAUACAUGUUUCAGGGUCAUGGCGAAUCUACUGCGCUUGGUGACUCGAUGGAAGGAUUGAAGGUUGAACUUGAUGUUGCAAAAACGGUGGAUCAAGCCACCAUUUUAAUCUGCGACGCUCUGAGCAGGAAGAUUGCCUCUCACCUCUCCAUCCCGAUGGAAAACAUUAAUCCUUCGAAUCCUGUUUCCGAGUAUGGAGUUGACUCCCAUGUGGCUGUGGACCUGCGCAACUGGAUAUCAAGAUGCACGGAUUGCACUAUCCCCAUUUUGGAAAUUCUAGCAAGUUCUAUGUUGGAGUUAUCUCAUAAGAUUGCCAGCCAGAGAGUCGCCGGCAAAUCGGAGUGA